UUCUUCUUCUUCUCUGGUGGCACCAUGGGGAGAGGCGUCUACAUCAGCAGAGCGGUGGCUCUGACCUGUGGGGUCGUAGCGGCCGGGGCGGUCGCUGCCAUCGUGGCCCUGUCUGUGCUUUACUCUCAGGAGAAGUGGAGGAACGGCUCCGCGCCCACGGCCGCCCCCUCCCCCUCCACCCCCUCCUCCACCUCGCCCCCCGCCCCCCAGCGGCCCUGGCAGCGCCACAGGCUCCCAGACUCCCUGGCUCCCGUCUCCUACAACGUGAGCCUGUGGCCCCGGCUGGAGCCGGACGCGCGCGGCCUGUACGUCUUCAGCGGCAGCUCCACGGUGACGUUCAGGUGCGUGAAGGCGACGGACCUCAUCCUCAUCCACGCCAGCGAGCUGAACCUCACCGCCUAUGACGGAAAACACGCCAGGCUGAGCGGCGUGGCCGGAGCCACCGCGCCGGCGCUGGAGAAGACCUGGCUGGAGGCUCCCACCCAGUACCUGGUGAUCCAGCUCAGCGGCCCGCUGCGGCCCGGCAGCUCCUACCAGCUCUCCACCGAGUUCACUGGAGAGCUGUCCGACGAUCUGGGAGGAUUCUACAGGAGCGAAUACUGGGAGGAUGGGGUGAAGAGAGUUCUGGCAACGACUCAGAUGCAGCCGACAGACGCCAGAAAAGCCUUCCCCUGCUUCGAUGAGCCGGCCAUGAAAGCUGUUUUCCAUAUGACUCUCACACACCCCACCGAUACAGUGGCUCUGUCCAAUUCCAUGAACUACGACCCGGUGAAGGUCACUGUGGACGGCCACAGUCUGAUCCAGACCAGCUUUGAGCCCACAGAGCUCAUGUCCACCUACUUGCUGGCUUUCAUUGUAUGUGAUUUUGCAUACAUUGGAUCAGAACCUGGUGAUAAAGUUUUGAUCAGGAUCUGGGCCCGUAAGAAGGCCAUAGACGAGGGCCAGGGAGCGUAUGCCCUGGAGAAGACUGGACCGGUCCUGGCGUUCUUUGAGGCCUACUACAAAUCUCCCUACCCCCUGACCAAAUCAGACCAGAUCGCUCUGCCUGACUUCAGCGCUGGAGCCAUGGAGAACUGGGGCUUGAUCACUUACAGAGAGACCUCACUCUUGUACAACCCAGCCAUGUCGUCCAAUAAGGACAAGGAGUGGGUGAUGACAGUGAUCUCCCAUGAACUCGCCCACAUGUGGUUUGGGAACCUGGUGACCACGAGAUGGUGGAACGACCUGUGGCUCAAUGAAGGCUUCGCCACCUACGUCUCCUACCUCGGGGCCAAUUAUGCCGAGCCGGCGUGGAACAUGAAAGAUUUGAUAGUUUUACGCGAGAUCAUGGACGUGAUGGCCGUGGACGCCUUGGCCUCCUCCCACCCGCUCUCGUCCAAAGAGGAGGACGUCCUGACGCCGGAGCAGAUCAACGAGCUCUUUGACUCCAUCACUUACAGCAAGGGAGCAGCCGUCCUCAGGAUGCUUUCAGAGUUUAUUACUGAGGCCGUCUUUUCCCAAGGACUUCAUACUUACUUAGAGGAGUUUAAGUACAAGAACACGGUCUACACAGACCUCUGGAAGCACCUGCAAAUGGCGGUGGACGGCGCUGGAAUAGAGCUUCCCCAGUCGGUGGAGGACAUCAUGAACAGGUGGAUCCUGCAGAUGGGGUUCCCACUGGUCACCAUCGACACCCAGACUGGAAGCGUCACCCAGCGACACUUCCUGUUAAACCCAGACUCCGUAGUGAGCACAUCUUCCGAGUUCAAUUAUGAAUGGUUUGUGCCCAUAACCUGGAUUAAGAACGGUGGAGCUAAGCAGCAGCACUGGCUUCUUGAAAAAGAGGCUGUAAACAAGGACAUGGCGCUUGGUGCCAGCGACUGGUUGUUGGCAAACAUCGACAUGAAGGGCUUCUACAGAGUCAACUACGACGUAGGCAACUGGGAGCGUCUACUGGCCAAACUGGGCUCCCAGCACGAGGACAUUCCGGUGAUCAACCGGGCUCAAAUCAUCGACGAUGCGUUCAACCUGGCGAGGGCGGAGGUGGUGGACACGACUCUGGCUCUGAGGACGACCAGGUUCCUUGACAGAGAAGUGGAAUACCUGCCGUGGCAGGCGGCCUCGUCAAACCUCCACUACUUCUUCCUCAUGUUCGACCGCAGCGAAGUGUAUGGACCCAUGCAGGCUUAUAUCAAGAAACAAGUCACACCUCUGUUUAACUACUACAAAGAUCUCACGCUCAACUGGACCAAGACCCCUGAGAACCACACCGACCAGUUCAAUCAGGUGAAUGCGAUCUCUCUGGCGUGCGGUGCUGGAGUUGAGGAGUGCACCAAUCUGACCUCUGCUUGGUUCAAGGAGUGGAUGGAAAACCCAGAAACCAACACCAUCAGCCCCAACCUGCGGUCCACCGUCUACUGCAGCGCUAUCGCAGCAGGAGGAGAGGAGCAGUGGGAUUUCGCCUGGUCCACGUACCAAAACGCCACCAUCGCUUCGGAGGCCGAGAAGCUGAUGGGGGCCCUGUCCUGCACCAGGGAGCCGUGGCUGCUCAACAGGUACCUGGAGUACUCGCUGGAUCCCACGAAGAUCCGUAAGCAGGACGCCAGCUUCACCAUUACCGCCAUAGCCAGUAACCCCGUCGGCCAGCCUCUGGCCUGGGACUUCAUCAGGGCCAAGUGGGACUUCAUAUUCAAUGACUACGGCGGUGAAGGUCUGUCCUUUGGAAGACUCAUCGAUGGAGUGACCAGACGCUUCUCUACAGAGUUCGAGUACAAGCAGCUGCUGCAGUUUAAGGAGGACCACGCGGCCCAGCUGGGUUCUGCCACCGCGGCUCUGGAGCAGGCGCUGGAGAGAGCUCGGACCAACAUGCACUGGGUCAAUAUGAACAGGGAACCAGUGCUGGAGUGGUUCACCGGCGAAGCCUCCUCCCUGUAGACGCCUUAUAUUUAAACCUGCAGACAGACGUUUUUAUGAAUGAAUCAUUUUUAAUGUCUACAUUUUGUAAGUUUUAAGAAAUAUAAAGUAAAUUUCUUUUGACUUUGAAA